AUGCAGUUUGAAGAGCCAUCCAAGAUUUGGACCAAACACAUGUGGUACAUCACAUUUAUAAGUCCUAAUACUAAACACCCUUUGGAGUCUCGUCUUACUGUGGCAGCCAUGCGAAGAAAAGCCUCAGGUCCACAGCUGAGCCCUGAGUACUCCGUAAAAGUCUUGUGCAUGCUGAUCAAGUGUGCUCGAAGGCCUUGGAGACAAGAACAUCGGUGGUUGGAGGACCUGCAGCGGUUGCCCUCUGCUGUGCCACCUGGCUCUUGUUCAGCUGACCCUCCCCACCAGUCAGUGUUCCCUGCAGAGGCUGCAGGUGCAGAGAAGGUGCUCACCUUCCGUGUGCUUUUAGGCGAGACCUUUAACUUCAGCUGCAGCUUCUCUGUCAUUGAUUAUCUCAGUGGUAUGAAUAAGCAAACACUCAUUGAAAGAUGUGAUAAAGCUAUAAUUCUUUGUUUAUUUGAAACUAGGCCUGAAGUUGUAAUUUAUUGGAAGAAUAGCAGUAAUUGCAAUGUGUACAGCUACUACAAAGGCAAUGACCGUUUGGAAAUGCAAAAUCCCAGGUAUACAAACAGGACAUCCCUCUUCUAUAAAGAGAUUCACAAUGUGAAUGCUUCUCUCUCUUUCAGAAUAAGUCUUCCAGAUGAUGAAACUUAUGUCUGUUAUGUGGGAACAGAAAUCAGAUUCAAAGUGCUGCUGAAAGUAGGAGCUUUCCUCAUGCCUGUGAUAAUGGAUGAAAAGAGAGACACAAACAUCUACUUACUACGCAGUACGUUAAGUGUUUAUCCUCAUCCAUAUAUAACAUGGAAAAGGGAUAAUACAUUUCUCUCUGAAAGCAAUACAGAAGAAACUGUUUUGGGUCCUUUGUAUUUUAACAGUACAUUGAAUGUUACAAGAUCAAAUUCAUCUUAUGAAUGAGCAAUGGAAAAUUUAUUACAGAAGCAAGCAUGAACUGGACAAUGGAUAUUGGGAGUUUUCCCAACCCCAUUUGUUGAAGAGAUUGUCCUUAAAAAUGGCAUAAUUAAUUCUGCUCACCAUGAUGGUAAAAUGAAACAUGAGCAGCUUUAACUCACAUGUCAGCUUGUCAACAUUUCUUCCCUACCAAAUCAAGACUUCACAGUUACUUGGUCCAGAGAAGAAGGUGGCACUUCCUCUGUCCUGGCUUGCCCUCUGAGCUUCUCACCUAUCAGUGAACCCUGAUUUUCAUGGAACAAAAUGCUGGUAAACCACAAUGAUUCUAUGACCUUGACAGAUAUUAGUCUUUCAGACAGUGGAGAACAUUUAUACAGUAUUUCUUCAAACAAAUAUACUUUACUCAUUGCCCACACACUGCAUAUAGAUAAGGAAACAGGAUUACAGGAAAUUUGCUCAACUAGAAGUAGUCGUGUGAAACAGAUAAGUGUGCCCCAUCUAAAACUACCCAACUUAGCAGUGGCAGAGGCAGGCCUAUGCCUUUGGAAGUUCUCCCUCAUUCCAUCAUCAUGCCCCACCUUCCAACUACCCCCAUCCCUUAUCCCCGCCAGGGAAGGCUCUGAGUGCCCUGAGAAGUAA